UACCAAAAAAUUGCUCCCCCAUUUCCACACACUCAAAAAUUAAAUCAAAUUCCUCACAACGUCAAAUAAGGUUCAACAUCUUCUCCUCCUGAAAAAAUCCCAAUUUUUUCACACACUUCACGCACUUCGCCAGAAUAGAAACUAAUACCCCCAAUCAUUUUUCAUCCGUCUUCUAUAAAUUGACGAUCUUGUACUUCCUUUUUUUCUGGAAAGGAAUAUUGAUUGGUGUAAUUGGAAUUAUCCUCGGCAUUGCCGGAUUUUUUUUAGAAACCGGGUUUCAAUUAGGGUUUGGUUUCAGAUUAGUUGAUCAAUUUUUGUCCCCUUUUUAGCUUUUAGGGUUGGGUCUUGGGUGUUUCUUUAAGUAAUAGUAUAUCUUUCGGGGAAGAACGGUAUUGAAUUUCUUGUUUAAUCAUACCAUUUAUUGCAAUUUUUCUGAGUAUUAUCAGUAUAUGUAUCAUAAAGUUGACGCCUACUGGUGCUUCUUUCCACAUUAGGGUUAGAUUCAGGAGAAAAGGUCCGUUUUUGUUGCUUCAAGUUGCAUUUUUGUUGGUGGGUUGAGUAAGUUUGGCGCAAUAUAUAUCUGAAAAGAAAUUGGUGGUCCUUGUUUUGUUGGUAUAAGUAUUAUUAGUUCUGGUUUAGAGAAGGUGAUAGUGUAUGGGAGAACAGGAAGGAUGGGCAGAGACAGUUGAGCCAUUGCCCAAUGGGCUCUUACCUGGGGCAGGGCCCGUCAUGCGUGCCCUGGAUACAGAGCGGUGGAUGAUAGCGGAGAAGCGGACUGCAGAGCUCAUUGCCUGCAUUCAACCCAACCAGCUAUCUGAGGAGCGAAGGAAUGCUGUCGCAGAUUAUGUGCAGCGGCUCAUCAUGACAUGCUUCCCAUGUCAGGUGUGCACAUUUGGUUCUGUCCCCUUGAAGACGUAUCUGCCUGAUGGAGACAUCGAUCUGACAGCUUUCACUCAGAAUCAGAAUUUGAAGGAUACGUGGGCCAAUCUGGUUAAGGAUAUUCUGGAGAGAGAGGAAAAGAAUGAAAAUGCCGAGUUUCGUGUGAAGGAGGUUCAAUAUAUUCAAGCUGAAGUAAAGAUAAUUAAAUGUCUUGUUGAAAACAUUGUUGUGGACAUAUCUUUUAAUCAAGUUAGUGGCUUAUGUACACUCUGCUUCCUUGAUGAAAUCGAUAAUCUGAUAAGUCAGAAUCAUCUGUUCAAGCGUAGUAUUAUAUUGAUCAAGGCAUGGUGCUAUUAUGAAAGCCGCAUAUUGGGUGCUCAUCAUGGACUCAUAUCUACUUAUGCCCUGGAGACUUUAGUUCUUUACAUCUUUCAUGUGUUCAACAAUUCCUUUCAUGGACCACUUGAGGUCCUGUAUCGUUUUCUGGAGUUCUUUAGCAAUUUUGACUGGGAGAACUUUUGUGUUAGCUUAUGGGGACCUGUAGCUAUUAAUUGCCUACCUGACGUAACUGCACAACCUCCUAGGAAGGAUAGUCGGGAGCUGCUACUUAGCAAGUUGUUUCUUGAAGCUUGUAGCUCUGUGUAUGCUGUUUUCCCUGGUGGCCAGGAGAGUAAUGGACAGAAAUUCUCUUCCAAGCAUUUUAAUGUUAUUGAUCCUUUAAGAGUGAGCAAUAACCUUGGACGAAGUGUUAGUAAAGGAAAUUUUUACCGUAUACGAAGUGCGUUUGCUUUUGGAGCUAAAAGACUGGCACGGUUGCUUGACUGUCCGAAAGAAAACUUAAAUUUUGAAGUCAAUCAGUUCUUUAUGAACACGUGGGAGAGACAUGGAAGUGGUCAUCGCCCUGAUGCUCCAGGAGUUGACUCAUGGCGCUUGAGAUUGUCCACUCAAGAUAGCCCUCAUGAGGUUCAGAAUUCCAAUAAUGGGAAGAAGGUGAAAGAAAGCUCCAAUACUCAUGUGGUAGAGGUUCGGGGCACUCAGACUCAAGGUGUUCCCUAUCAACUUGGUGAAAACUCUUAUAGAAUGUUGCCCAUGACAAGUGAGCUGUCUUCAGCUUCUCGCUCACACAGCUUAAAAAGUCAAUUCAAUUUGAACAGCUUGCAUGUCACUGAUCAAAUUGGAAGAGAUACUGUCCCUGAUCAGUCUGUACCUAAUGAUAAGAUUCAGAGAGAUCUGAGUGCAGAUCACUCGGUAAAUGACACCGAGGGAAGACUUCUUUUUGCCCGAACACACUCCAGUCCUGAACUGACUGAUAACUAUAGUGAUGUCUCAUCACAAGUACAAUGUAGCAGACAGGGUGAAGCUACAGAUGCUCGUGCUACACAUUCUAGGUUGGAUUCUGGUUAUUGGAGGAAGGAUCUUAGACCAGAGACUUUGGUUAGCCACAGCAAUCAUACUUCAGUUGUAGAUACAGUGGCAAGAUCGCAUCAAAGUCUUGAUGCUGCCGACUCCAAUCACGUUUCAAAUAGCUAUGACUUAGGUGAAGAAUUUUCAACCACCUCUGGGACACAGCUGAUGCACCCAGAAGAUCAAGAUAUUGUGAAUAUGAUGGCGUCUGCUUCACUUCAAGGGUUCAAUGGUCAAGUUCAAGUUCCACUUAAUUUGACGACGGGUCAUCUACCUUACUCUAUCCCUCCAUCCUUAAUUGCUUCUAUGGGGUACACUCAACAGAAUUUUCCAGGAUUUGUCCCUGUCAAUAUCCCUCUGAUGGACCCAUCAUUCUCACACUUACAAUUUCCUCGCAGUUUGGUAUCACCCCAAAUGACUCAAUAUUUCCCCGGCAUUGGAAUCAAUCCAUCUGACGAGUCAAUAGACAGAAUUAAUGAGAAUUUUGGUCGUAUGGACUCUGGAGAGGGCAAUAAUGAUUUUUGGCAGGAGCAAGAUUCUAGAUCCUCUUGUAGGUAUGAUCUUGAGAAUGGAAAUGUAGACAACCUCCAAACUGACGAAAAACCAUCAUUAUCACCAUCUGGUUUAAAGUAUAUUCCUCCACAAUCUCGAGUAACUGCCUCAAGCAGUGCGAGAGCUCAGCAAAGGCAUCUGAGGGAGAAACGUGGAGUAGUAAGGGAUAAUAUUGAUAGUUCUCUGGACAAUGAUAUUAAUGUUAGUGAGGUUCACCCAGAAGAAAAAUCAGGCAAUAUAAGGUUCUCAUCAGCUGCUCAUAGUAAUUCUUUGAGAAGUAGGACUUCUUCAGAGAGCUCCUGGGAUGGAUCAUCAUCGGUGAAGGCACCUAAAUCUUCGAAAGAGAAAAGGGGGAAGAAAGUUACGACAGAUAUAACUAUCAGCCAUGGAAAAGGUAAAGUUAUGUCUGAUCACGUGUCAAAUGACACAGAUCAUGACCAGGAACAGGCUUCACUAGUAAAUUUGGGGACUGAAAUCAUUGAAAGAAACCCUGGUUCUGAGCCAGAUGUUCAUUCGCAUGUUCCUAGGCACCAUAUGCUCGACUUUGAGGUUGCUCAGACUAGUGGAUCAGACUCAGUGAUGCCCUUUGCCCCAGUACUAAUAGGUCCUGGCUCAAGGCAUAGAAUGGGUGAGAAUUCUGGGGUAAUUGCAUUCUACCCAACCGGUCCACCAAUCCCUUUCCUUGCAAUGCUUCCACUUUAUAACAAUGCACCUGAAGCAGGUACACCGAAUGCAUUAAGUGGCCAAUUUGGAGGUCAUGGGACUGUAAAUGAUGGUGAAUCUGUAAUGAACUUUAAUCCUAAGGGAUUUGGUCAAUCAGAGGAGUCGCAUUCCUCAAGUUCUUCACUAGGAAUGUCAACUAAUGAGACAUCCAAAGAUCGGAAGGCUGAUAUUCUUAAUAGUGACUUUGUUAGUCACUGGCAAAGCUUACAAUUCGGAAGGGUCUGUCAGAAUCCUCGGUACCAAGGGCCUUCUGUAUUUCCUUCACCUAUCAUGGUUCCACCUGCGUUUGUACAGGGUCGACUUCCACACGAUAGUCCAGGUAGACCGCUUUCGACCAAUGCAAACCUGUUCUCUCAGCUUAUGACGAAUUAUGGCCACCAUAUGGUUCCCGUUGCUCCCCUCCAGUCGGUUUCUGGGCGACAUCCCAAUAUAUAUCAAAGCUAUAUGGAUGAUGUGCCAAGAUAUCGUAGUGGGACCGGAACAUACUUGCCUAAUCAUAAGGUUUUGAAUAGGGAACGCCACCCGUCAGGCAGCAGAAGGGGGAACUAUAACCAUGACAGAAAUGACAGAAAUGAUAGCUUCAGUGACAGAGAGGUGAACUGGAAUGCUAACUCAAAAUCAAGGGCUGCUACGCGUAGUCAUGGCAGAAACCAGACUGAGAAAGCAAACUCUCGGCCUGAACGUUUCUCUCAGGGGGACGGUCGAGGUGACCGUGCUUGGAACUCCUACAGGCAUAACUCAAUCCCGUCUUACCAGUCUCAGAAUGGUCCUUUGCGCUCAAAUUUUGGUCAAGAUGGUCCUCAGAAUGUAGCAUAUAACAUGUACCCUUUGGCAGCCAUGAAUCCUAAUGGAGUUUCAGACGGACCUUCAGUUCCACCAGUCAUGAUGCUGUAUCCAUAUGAUCAUGAUGCUGCCUAUGUUUCUAAUAACGAACAGCUUGAGUUCUGCUCUCUUGGUCAGCCAGGCUUACCCGAUGUAAAUGAGCAAUCCCAGCUAGAUGAUGGAACUCGAGCCAGAGCAUCUGAGGACCGUAGAGUGCAUGGGAGCUCUGCACACUGUUCCUCGCCAGAUCAACCAUCUUCACCAAACCAUCAUAGGAGGGUUCGAUAAUACGCCCAGCUACAUCGGUCUUUAAGGAGCAUCGUAUGUUGAAGGAUGAGACUGAUAUUCCUCAUUCCAACUUUGGGACUGACAGUAAUGGCUGGAAAGGGUACAGCUAAUGGCUGGAAAGGGUACAGCUACCCUAUUUUUGCUCGGCUACAGAAUGCAGCUCGGCCUGUACGUCAUGUCUCGAUAAUGGCCCUCGUCUCUCCUGACGUGGUUCUUGUAUGUAGAAUAGCUAGCCAAUUCUGACCCUGGCCAAUUUGGAAACCUGGAAACUGGAGUUCUAGUUUCCAAGACUUUUUUCCUAUGUUGUGAUCUUCUUCUGUCAUUAGCCUAACACAUUAUAAUUUCUUAUACCAGUGAUCUGGAAUUAGUGUUCCAUUUACAGACGAAA